AUGAGCACAGCCAGGAAAGGGGGAGACAAGCUGCGGAGGAGCCCCCUCCUCACCGGCCCCUCCUCGCAGCCUGUCCCCCAGGGUUUUACAAAGUGUCCCCGCGGCGACCCCUCUGCUCGCCGUGCCCAGAGCACAGCCGGGCCCUGGAAAACGCCUCCACGUUCUGCGUGUGCCAGGACAGCUACGCGCGCUCGCCCAACGACCCGCCCUCGGCGUCCUGCACCCGUCACAGUCUCCACGGGGCCCGGGGCUCCCUGGGAGGAGGAUGAGAUCCGUAGGGACCGAGUGGAACCCCAGACCGUGUCCCUGUCGUGGCGGGAGCCCAUCCUGGCUGCAGCCCCUGGGGCCAACGGCACUGAGUAUGAGAUCCGAUACUACGAGAAGGGUCAAAGUGAGCAUACUUACUCCACUGUGAAGACAGGGAUGCCUGCCGUCACCAUCACCAACCUGAAGCCCGCUACCCGCUACGUCUUCCAGAUCCGGGCGGCUUCCCCAUUGCCCUCCUGGGAGGCCCAGAGCUUCAACCCCAGCAUCGAAGUGCAGACCCCAGGAGAGGCCGCCUCAGGGUCCAGGGACCAGAGCCCUGCAGUUGUCGUCACCGUGGUAACCAUCUCAGCCCUCCUUGUCCUGGGCUCUGUGAUGAGUGUGCUGGCCAUUUGGAGGAGGCCCUGCAGCUAUGGCAAAGGAGGUGGUGACACCCAUGACGAAGAGGAGCUGUACUUCCACUUCAAAAUCCCAACACGUCGUACUUUCCUGGACCCUCAGAGCUGCGGGGACCCACUGCAAGCUGUGCAUCUGUUCGCCAAGGAGCUGGAUGCAAAAAGCAUCACACUGGAGAGGAGCCUCGGCGCGGGCCGGUUUGGGGACCUGUGCUUCGGCUGCUUGCAGCUACCUGGCCGGCAGGAGCUGCCUGUGGCUGUACACACGCUGAGAGACGGCUGCUCAGACUCGCAAAGGCUCAGCUUCCUGGCGGAGGCCCUCACUUUGGGCCAGUUUGACCAUAGCCACAUUGUGCGACUAGAGGGGGUUGUCACCCGAGGAAGCCCCUUGAUGAUCGUUACUGAGUACAUGGGCCAUGGGGCCCUGGACAGCUUCCUCAGGCAUCAUGAGGGGCAGCUGGUGGCUGAGCAGCUGAUGGGGCUCCUGCCUGGACUGGCAUCAGCUAUGAAGUAUCUGUCAGAGAUGGGCUAUGUUCAUCGGGGCCUCGCCGCCCGCCGUGUGCUGGUCAGCAGCGGCCUCAUCUGUAAGCUCUCUGGCUUUGGGCGGGGCCCCCGUGACAGAGCGGAGGCCGUCUACACCACCAUGAGUGGCCGGAGCCCAGCACUCUGGGCUGCCCCUGAGAUGCUUCAGUUUGGCCACUUCAGCUCUGCCAGUGAUGUGUGGAGCUUUGGUGUCGUCAUGUGGGAGGUGAUGGCCUUCGGUGAGCGGCCCUACUGGGACAUGUCUGGCCAAGAUGUGAUCAAAGCCGUGGAAGAUGGCUUCCGGCUGCCGCCCCCUAGGAACUGUCCCUCCCUGCUGCACCAACUGAUGCUUGACUGCUGGCAGAAAGACCCAGGGGAACGGCCCAGGUUCUCCCAGAUCCACAGUGUCCUGAGCAGGAUGGUGCAGGACCCAGAACCCUCGAAGUGUGCCGCGACCACCUGCCCCAGGCCUCCCACCCUCCUGGAAGACCGUGCCUUCUCCACCUUCCCUUCCUUUGGCUCCGUGGGGGCCUGGCUGGAGGCCCUGGACCUGUGCCGUUACAAGGACAACUUCGCAGCAGCUGGCUAUGGGAGCUUGGAGGCUGUGGCUGAGAUGACUUCCCAGGACCUGGUGAACCUGGGCAUCUCCUCGGCUGAACAUCAAGAGGCCCUCCUGAGUGGGAUCAGCGCCCUGCAGGCUCGAGUGCUGCAGCUGCAGGGCCAGGGGGUGCAGGUGUGAGUACCCCCUUUCUUCCAAGGCAGGCCCAGGCAGCAGGGGCAGACCCAGACCUGCCCAGGACCGUGACAAACUCCACUCCACCUUGGUGGAAGUGAACACUGUCUUCCUCCCCUCGAGCCAAGAGCUGCUUUGGGGCCACAGUGUCCCCGUUUUACUGCCCGUUUCUCCCAUUUUCCCCUCUGACCUAGUACCCAUGGAAAAGAGGUUCAAAACCAUGGGGAGGAAAUUCAGGGCCUCAGGGACAGAGAUGGGGUGGAGAGAGGGAGACAAUAGAUUUUGCUUGCCCUGGCUUAUGCCCCUCUGUCUUCCACACCUGCUAGAAGCUGAGGCCUCCCUAGUGGGUGUCCCCCUUUCCCUCAGACUUGUCCGGUCAGACAGCUCUGGGUAUCCUGGCCAUGUGGGGCUGUGCCAGAGGGGCAGGCUCCUUACCCGCUGUGCCGUGGCUGGCUGAUGUGUGUCUGGACACUGUUCUGAGGCCCAGGGAGGCAAAAGUGAAGCUGAUCUCAGGCGGAAGAAUCAGGAGCUGACUCUGUCCUCGCCAUGAGGCUGGCAGUGCAGGGAGAAGGGGAGGGUCCUGGCUGGGCCGCAUGGUCCUGGGGCUCCACAUUUCCGUUCACUCUGUGAACUGACCUGGGAGAGCACGAGGGGACGUGUUCUCUCUGCGGACAUCUGAGAGCCUCGGUCUCCACCCUGGGAGCUGUGAAAAGGACACUCAGAAAUGGAUCUCUGACAGUCUGCUCUAACCUACCUUGAGGGACAGGGAAAUCAGAAGUGAGGUUGGAACCCGAUCUAGGGAGGAGGCUGGCUCUGAAGAGAGUCCUCAGCCUUGCCAUGUGGCACCAGCCCUGUUCUCUGGGGCAGCCCAGUGAACGCUCUGGAAGUGACCCUCCCCUGCCAGCUGUGUCCCUGAGCCCCACCUCCAAAGAGCACCUCCUCUCUCAGGCUUCUGCGGAGCCCUGGAGGAGUGGUCAUGAGCUGAGUCCAAAGGUCCUUACCAGAAGGGCCCCGCAGUGGUGACUGUGUGGCCAGGGCUGUCAUCGGAGGACAGAAAGACUGCGGAUGUGGUCAGGGCCGUGGAGGCAGUUGGUUUGUGUCACUCGUGAUAGAUGCCUGCUCUGGUUUGGCUGUGUGGGGUGGGCUGGGCUGGGAAGGGAAGGGUGCAGGAGACACAGAGACUGGCACUGGGGACCCAGGCCGGCAGGGAGAAGAGCUCAGGCACCAGUCAAGCUGCAUUCCACAAGUGGCCAGGAUCCCCCAGGAGCCCUUGGGUCAGCAAGAGCGUGGGCUGGAGGCACUGCUGGGGAUGUUCUUGACAUGUGUAUAUUGAGGGCUGUCCAGAAAGGCAUCUUGACUGAAGCAUAAGUUGACAGAGCCUUGGGGAGGGGGAGGAUGGAAAUCUCAGCAGGCCAAGGGAGCUGGACGAGAGGAAUCUGCAGGGACUAACUGAGAAGGAGCCAUAGGGCUGGAAGGUAAGAGCAUCUUCGGGAGGACCUGUGAUGGAGGACAGUGACUCCCAGCAGUGCCUUCGGCCCCAGCUGCUCCCUUGGAGGCCCUGGCCCCACUCUGGGCUACCCCUCCUGAGAUCUGCCUCAACUAAGUGGCUUUGGGGUAAUGGGGCCGACUAAAUACUGCUUCCCCCUGUGACAGGGUUGGUGGUCUCCUGCCAGCCCCACCCCACCCCCAGCCUCUCCGGGGAAGCCUGGGAACCAGCACCCUGUCUUGGGUGGACAGAAGCUCAUCCCCCUCGGCAGCCACAUCAUUCUCUUAAGGUCAAAGUGCUCCCUCCCCCGGCUGUUCUGCAGAGGGUCUCCAGGCUGUGUUGGAGGACUUCGGUGUCCAGGGUAGAUCUUUCCUCCACUGAGGAGUGAGGUCCAGAAUUGCUAUGGUUCUCAGGCCUUAGCCCUGUGCAGGUGCUGACCUGAUGCGGGUGGUGGGUCUUGGGGAACCCUUUAAAGAUCUAUUUUUAUAUAGAACUUGUUCACUGGACAGGAGGAGGUGGCCUGUAGCCCCCAUCGCCCCUGUCUGGGCUUGCCCAGGGAGGAAGGCGGCCUGUUGGGGAGGCGACUAAUUUUGGAGAUGUUUUUAUAUUUCUUGGGUUCUAUAUGCAGGACAAAUAAAAACUUGUCUGUGACAUUGUACCUCUUCGAGCAGCAGUUGUUUAACCUCUGAGCAGUUUCUGGGAGGGUUUCUUCGCCCCUUCCUGGGAGGGGGUUCCAGAGUAUACAUCUGAGGUCCCUCUGAAUGGAUGUGAAACAGACCCUACUCCUUUCGUGAAAUAGGUCACAGGCUAGUGAGGACUCAUUUAGGGAGCAUGACAUAAUAGUGUGGUUGGGGUGUCAGGAACACUUAGGGUACCCUGGCACUAUAGAAAAUGGUGUCAUCCAGGUUCCAGAGCGGUAAACCAAGGACAACAUCCCUAAGGAGACGGUGCCCUUUCCUGAGAUAGACCUUAUAGAGGGCAGGCACAGGAAAUCGGUUGGAUGCAUGUUCAAGAUGCUGGUGGGAUGUGCAGGCUGAGAUGUCUUGGAUGCAGGUGGACACCCGGGUCUGGAACCUGAAGCACAGAUGUAGGCUAGUGACGGAGCUUUGGGGUCUGAAGCCUCAGUGAGGAGGUCACCUGGCUGAGUAUGUGCAGGAGAGGGGAACUAGGGAAACUCCAGAAUUAGGAGCUGACUGGAUGGAAGGGAACAGGAGCAGUGGGAGGGAGCCGGAGGCCAGAAGGGGUUAUGCCAUUGCAGCCCUAGGAAGUGUGACUACAGUGUGGAAGGGACCCCAGCAGCAGAGGACGAAGAGUGACCGUGAGUCUGGAUACUCAGGGACUGGAUCCACUUGUCUAGACUAGUGUCAGAAGGCCCCGGAAACCGGGUGGCCUACCCAAUAGGAAUUGACUGCUCCACCACUGUGGGGCUGGAGUCCGAGACCAGGGUGUCAGUGGGGUUUUCUUUCUGAGCAUUGUGAAGGAGGAUCUGCUCUGUGUGUCCCUUCUUGGCAUGUAGAUGGCUUCUCUUCUCUGUCUCUGCAUGGCCUUCCAUGUCUGAGUCUGUGUCCAAGUUACUCCUCUGUAUAGGGACAGCAGCCCGAUUGGUCUGGUCCAUACUGGCCCAUCGUAAAGCUUCAUUUAACUUAAUCUCCCCAUUAAAGAUCCUAUCUCCAAAUAUAGUCAUAUUCUGAGUUAAUGGGGGCUAGGACUUCAACACAACAACCCCUACCAGUGACUUUGUGUGUCUGCAGGGCUGGAGGAGGAGUGGUAAAAGCCUCAUGAGAACUGGGGUGUAGAGCUUGGGAAUCUUUAGAGGAGUGCAGCAAAGGCAGGAGGAAGAAUGGACUCAGAUGGUGACCAGAGUGGAAUGAGGGUGAGGCCAGGAGUCUUGGAACAGGCCCCAGUGCUGUGUGCACAUGGCAUGCACAUGUGGGCAUGCAGGACGUACCGUGUGUGUGUGUGUGUGUGUGUGUGUGUGUGUGUGC